AUGGCGGGCUUCCUCUCCGUGGUGUACGGGAGCUUGUUCCUGUUCCUGCUGUCCGUGCUGAAGCUGUGGCUGCUCAGCAGGUGGCUCCUGCCCCGGCUCAUAUCCUUCGUGGUGCGUCGAUCGGGCGAGAGGGGCGUGGACAUCACCGUCGGCGCCGUCGGCUUCCUGCACGUCCGCGACGUCGUGGUCCGCUUCCACGACGGUCCCGUCGAACGCGUCGUCGUCGGGGAUCUGCUGUACACCGGUCAGUUGCUCACUUUGCUCGCGUGGCUCUUCGAGUUCGUGGGCAAGCGCGCCCGCGGCGUACGGCUCCGCGACGCCAUCGACGACGAGACCUCGAGGGCGACGACCGCCGCGCGCGACGAAGCGUUCGACGGGACCGGGGCGCAAUCAUCACAGCCGUCGUCGUCGCCGCUCGCUCCGUCGGCGGGCGCGUUCAUCGCCCGGUCCCGGUCUCUCGCGCGGCAGAGCUCAUCCAACCCUGGCUUCGACCCGAGAUCCGACCCGACCACCCAAAGUCUCGGAUCCCCCGAGCCGGCGUCGUCCGCCGGUCGUCGUCCAUCCAGGGCGUCCGCCGACGGGAGCUCCGGUAAUUUCAUGAACCUGAACGUCCCCGUGCUCGCCGCGGGGCUCCGCGUUAAGCUCCGCGGGGGACCGACGAACGGAAACCGGGAACGCGGGAAUAAUCUCGAGACGCGUCGAGACGACGACGAGAAAGGGUCGGGCGACGAAGACGAAGAGGGGAAGAGGACGACGCGCGCUCCGCCCCUCGCGUGGAGCACCUGGCAGCUUCUUAAAAACGCCGCGACGUUUGUUAAGAUCACCGUCACCGACGUCGCCGUGGACGCGUCAGACCUGAACACCGCGUCGUCGUUAAGAUCAUCGUCGUCCCUCGCGGGGGUUCACACCGCGGCCAGGGCGGUCGUGGCGGCCACCACGGCGUUCAAAGGGAGGGGCGUGACGUGGACGGCGAUGGUCGAUCGCGUCGUCGUCGGCGCGCCGGCUGCGCAGCCGCCGAACGCAGCCGCCGGCGGCGGCGACUCGACGCGCGGGUACCUGCUGGACGCGCGCGUGGAUAUCAGCGCGAGGUACAGCGCGAGGGAGCGGCGCGCCGUGUGCGUCGGGGUGGAGCUCGACGUCGGGGAGGUGGACUUGGUGGAGGAGAGCGGGUGGACGCGACGGGGUUGGAAAACCUCUUCAAACUUUUUCGCAGACGGCGGCUUGGCCGUCUCCUCUUCCUCCGCCUCUUCCUCUUCCUCUUCCUCUUCUUCGACGAAUACGGUGGAGGGGAGGCUGAGGUCCCUUCCGGCGACGGUGUCGUGUCGCGUCGGUCGAGUUCGCGUUCGGCGCGUCGAUCGCGACGGUUCGGAUCCCCCCCUGGUCGGUUCGGGUUCCGACCUGAGCGUCCGAGUCGCGCGGGCGACCAAGGAGGAGAGGGUGGCGCACCAUCGUCGCAAGAACCGGUCGCUGUUUCCGGACAAGGAGACGAUCGCGAAGAUCACCGCACGAACCACGGUGGAGGCGCGUUGGCGAUCGUUGGAUCUCCGCGUCACGCACGAGGAGGAUCGCGAGGACGAGGACGACCGGGAUAAAACUCGACCAGGCCUAAACCUGGGCGUCGAGGCGAGGUGCACGUGCGGCGAGGCGAACCUCACCGCGCAUUUCCCCCUUCUCGACGACGCGAACGGACGACGAAACGGUUCGCGAACGGAUCCCAACGGUUCGAUCCCAACGGUUCCCAAGGCGACGGUUCGCGCGGAGGUGCGGCGAGCGGACGGGUGCAACCACCCCGAGCUCGUCCGCGCCGUCGCGUCGGCGAUCCGGUCGGUCGCCGGGCGGCCGGAUGACGACACGAACACGAUCGAUAAACCUUUCCCAUCCGUCCAAAAGAGCGGCGGCGGACGCCGUGAUCGAACCCGCGCGCGUCCAGAGUGGACGUGCGACGCUACGCUGCGAUUCACCGACGGAGUCCGGGUCAGGGCGCACGACGGGGACCGCGGCGUGUGCGGCGAGUGGCGCGCUCGGCGGUGGGAGCUCAGCGAGGACGACGCCCCGCUGUUCGGCUCCUGGGACGGGGACGGGGACGAAAAGUCGGCACCCGGGGACGGGGACGAGAACGAAACGGUUGGCGAGUCGAACCGUCAGAGGCGGCGAGUCGAACCGUCAAGGCCACUGGCGUCCUCCUUCGCGUUUGUCGUCGAGGGCCUUCGCGUGGCGCUCUCGCCCGUCGACGUCCUCUCCGACCCGCGCGCGACGCACAGCUGCGCGGCGCUGCGACGCGUCCUCAUCGCGGAGCGGCUAGGGGGCAGUAAGGGUCCGGUGCCGCCGCCGCCGGAGCCGCCCGGUUCGUGGGCCACCGCCGCCGCGGGCGACGAAGGGACGAAACGUGAAGGGACGAAAAAAGUAUCCGAUGAGAAAUCAUCCUCCGAGGGCUUCGGGCGACGCUUCACGGAGUUCGCCAGGGACCUGGAGCUGAUGGGCGCCACGAUCGACGUCACGUGCGCGGACGCGGUGGCGCUGGACAGGAGCUGGCGGCGCACGAUCGACUCCUUGUCGCGUUCAGUCGCCGAAGUGGCGCCUCAUCGGGAAACCCCAUCCGAGGAUGGGAAAACCCCAUCCGGGCGGCGGCGGGCGGCGACGUCCACGUCCACCGCCGUGACGCUCAUCGACGCGUGCGCGCGAGUGCACGCGGACGCGCCCACCCGCGGCCAUCCCGACGUCGACGUGACCUACGCCCCGUCCAUCCCCACCAACUCGAAAUGCGCUCUGGACCUGACGGUUCCGCUGUCGAGGGUCGUCGCGGACUCCGCCGGGUGGCGUCUAGAAACGUCCGGUUGGCACGUCACCUACCACGACGGCGUGUGCGCCGACGCGGAUCCCGCCUGCGCGAUGUAUCUGGAAACGUCUGGAAACGGUCGCGCGGACCCGAGGGCGGAGAACGGCGCCACGAGGGUCUUGACCGUGGAGCACGGAGCCGUCGAUUUCGACGCGGACGCCGCGAAGGCGACGGUGAGCGCCGACGGAGCGCGGGGGUUCUGGCAGCCGGAUGCGCACUUCAUGGCGCAGGAGGCCGUCGCCGCCGCGCGCGCCGUCGCCGCCGCGCGCGCCUCCAAUGCCGCCUCCAACGCCGCCUCCGCCGAAGCCACCGAAACCGAGACGAAGGAGACGAAAGAGACGAAAAAUCAGGCUCGCCGGUUCGCGUUGGGCUUGGACCUCACGCGCGUGACCGUCGCGCUCGACGUCACCCCGGGCGGCGCCGUCACCUUCGAUACCAAUCACCUCGCGUCCGACGACGUCCGCGUGUGUCCGACGCGUUUGUCCAAUCCCUCCGUCGCGGUGAACGGGUACCGCGUGUUUUCCUCCGAAUUCGCGCAGGUGAACCUCGGGGCUGACGCGUGCGAGAAUUCCCCGAGGGUUUCCUCGCUCGGGUCGGAAGUUCUGGAAGCUGCGUCACCCGAGCGUCGUCGUUCCAGGGCGCGACUGACGGUCGGGCCGGACACGAGGCUCGCGCUUCCGUGGGGGUUGGACCUCGGGGACGCGCAGGCUGCGCUCGACGCGGGCUACGCGGCGCUGGUCUCCGUAGGCGGCUUGCCGUUUGAUCCUCAAACGGCGAAAUCGGAGGGGAAGGAUUUGACCCAAACAAAACCCGAGAACGAGGAACUGGAGUUGACCCUGGAGGUGAUCGGCGCGCUUCGCGCGGACGUCUUCGACUCGCCGCUCGCGCGGUGCGUCCGGGGCAAGUGCGCGGUUUUGGGACCCGCGCUCGCGUCCGCCAGGGCGGCGGAGGCGGCCAACACGCACACGAAAACUUUGGAUAAGCAGGCGGCGUACGCUCGAAGUGUGGCGGCGUACGUCGCCGCGUGCGCCGCCACCGCCGCCGCGGAUGAUAAAGUCCGCGACGAUAAACAACCCGGCGGCGAUACGUCCGGCGCCUCGAACGGCGGCGGCGGCGUCCAUCACGAGUCCGCGGCGCGGGUGACGAUCGAAGGCGCGAGCGCGACGUUUGUGUUCGGCGGAUACGAAUCGUCGAAUUCGGCGUUGGACGCGGCGACGACUUUGGAGGAGCUCAAGGCCGUUCCCGUGUCCCGCGCCGAAGCGUGCGCGAUCGCCGCGGACGCGCCGUGGUCUGACGACGUGCGACUGAGGGUGUACCACGCCGCGAGGAUGCGAAUCGACGCGCGCGACGCGUCCGUCGACCUCCCCCUCUCCCCCGCGCCGAUUUUCCGAGCCAGUCGGAUCGUCGCGGAGGGCGUCGUCGUGACCGCGAGGCAGGCCACGGUGGGCACCCCCCCGGUUGGGUGCCCACCACCGCUACCGCUCCCCGUGGGAAGGCGCCGGUACGCCCCCGCGCGUCACCCCGAAGCCCCGCCCCGGCCGCCCGUGAAGCUCUACACCGACGUGGACGUGACGCUUGAAAACCCGGGGGGAUGCUUCGCGGUUUCCUCUGAACCCGCGCUCGUGUCCCUCUCGCAGCAACUCGUGCGCGUAUCCCCGCCCUCGAACGGGCACGCUAACGCGCCGGGGGGGCGCGGCGGGCGCGCGCGGCGAGACGCGGAGCGCGCGGCGGCAUCGUGGGAGGCGGCGGCGAAGGGUUGGCCCAAGGGUCCGGGUACCGCGUGUUACGGCGACGCGGCGCCUUCGCUGCCUCCGUGGGACUUUUGGCGCGCCAGCUGGCGCGGGCGGGCGCGUGUCACCGCCUCCGAGCUCGCCUACGUCAUCGACGCCAGACCGGCGCCGACGAUUGCUGAGAUUGAGGCUGGGCCCGUGGGAUUGGAGGUUGGCGCGAGCAGGGUGGAGCUGGCGAUUUCCCCCGGGGAGGUGAACCUGCGAGCCGCUCGAGCGACGCUGAGCGCGAGGGGCGGCGUCGGCACCCCAGGGCACGACCCGGACGACGAGCAACCCUCCGAGUUAAACGGAUUCGGCGACAUGGGCGACGUCUCGCUGGAGGAAAAAUCGGGGUUAUCCGUGUGCCUCGCGGUGGUGCCCGCGGUUGAGUUGUCCCUCGGGUUCGACUGGCAGACGCUCGGCGGUAUCGGCGGCGGCGGCCAGGACCACCACAGGUUCGACCCAGCCACCGGCCUCGAGAGGGUUCCCAUCGCGGGACAGCUCAGCGUGGGGUGCCACCUAAGUGCGAAAGCCACGCUGACGACCAAGGAACGCGCGCUGCCCGAGUGGAGGAACGCGGCCGGGUUUGGGCCUACUAAACCGGAAAUUUCGCAAAUUUCGCCGGCGUCGAAGGACCGGGUCGCGUCGCUCGCCGCCGCGGAGGGUGGGCACCCCAAAGUGGGCACCCCCAAAGUCGCCGGGAUGGGCACCCCAGGGGCGGGCGGCACCCCCGGAUCACUCACCAAGUGGAGCAGCGGCGACUUUUUCGCUCGCAUCUCCGGCGGCGGCGGCGGCGCGGCCGAUUCGACGGGUGGCGACGAAAAAGUGGGCACCCCCAAAGUGGGCACCCCCGCGUCGCCGUCGAGCCCCGCGUUCGCGUCGCGCGUCUCCGCCGCCGCCGCCGCCGCCGUCGCCGACGAGGCCAACACCCCGACGCUCAUCGUCGGACCGAGGGCGCUCCGAUGGCUCAGGCGGUUCUCGAAGGAUCUCGUCUCGCCAUCCGGAGCCGCGAGGCGUUCGUGGCGGACGCCGGCGCCGGGCGCGCCGCGUCGCGCGAGGCACCCGCUCGCCAAAUCCAUCGACCGCGUCGUGGACGAGGUGUCGUUCGACGUGGCGUGCGAUAACCUGCGCGUGGCGCACCCGGCGGAGACUUCGUUCGAUCCCGCGCGGGGUCUCACCGCGCAAGUCACGGGGCUUCGAGCCGUCGCCAGGCUGGCGCCCGCGCCGCCGGUCCGGGUUUCUCCGUACCCCCCCGCGGAUGGGCUCAUACGUGCGCCGCGUCACGAGCCGAGCUGCCGGCUGGACACGCUCGAGGUGGAGCUCGAGGAGGUUCGCGUGCUGCUCCCGCCUUCGGGGAACGACGGCGAGGUGCUCAGCCCGGGUGGGGGAGGGACGACCGGGAGGGGAUCGCGGGGCGGCGCAGAAUCAGGCAAGGUGGAUUCGCCCGGGGGUACCACACCGGGCGAGGCGGUUUGGCGAGGCUUUGGCACCGGCGACUUCGACCAGGAGGCGGAGGGAUACAAGGCGGUGAUUGAGAUGCUCGAGGGGAGGAGCGCGGGGGGCGCGGCGUUCGGCGGCGGCGGUUCGGAUUCUCCCGGGGGUGACGGUUCGAAUUCCCCGGGUUCGAGUUCCAACGGGCCCCGGGCGGCGGGCGGGUUCGGCCGGGAGUCGCGGUUCGCUCGGCGAAGGCGCGAAACCGCGACGGACCCGGCGCUGGUGCUCGAGACUCGGUCCGUGCGCCUGGUUCGAAGGGUCGACUCGCCCGCGUACCUGCUCGAGCUCGCGAGUGCCGAGUCGCGAGACGGAGGAAAAAACGGUCACAAAAACGGUCCGUCCGACGGGGGAGGGAGGGAGGGGAACGAACCCGGGGGAGGGAGCCCUGAUUGGAGCCCUUGGCUGCACGUGACGGUGGAGUCGCCCCGAUUGUUAAAGGCGGCUUCCACGCGGGACGCGCUGAUCCAGUGGAUACGCGACGCGUACAGGGCCGCGCUCAAGCCCAACCCGCCGAAGCGUUCGCUGACGUCCCUCAGGGAGCUCGCGUCGCGGCCCGACGAGACGAUCGACCCGGAGACGGGGUUCAAAAUCACAGCCACAGCUGGCGGGACCGGAUCCGGCGAAAAAGACGAAAAAGACGAAAAGGAGAGCGGCUCGGAGCGGCUCGGGCUGCCGAACCACCUCCGUCCCGCGAGCAAGUCCAACGCCACGCACUCGUCGCAACGGGCCAAGUCCGCGAGCAACUCGCACAUGGGCGUCGGAUUAUUCGAUGACGAUUUCGACCUCAUCGACGACGGGGUGUUUGGCGAGAUUAUUGGCGACGCGGCCAAAUCCACACCCGACGAGGAAGCCGCCCCCCGCGUCGCCCCCGCCGGUCGCCGAUCGAACCUCUCCUGGGACGGCAGCCCUUUGUCGGCCGCGAAAGCGGGCGAAAGGGGACGCGAUCACCCGAACGAGGCUGAUCUCCUGUCGCUGCUGCUGUCGGACAAAAACGGUCACAAAAACGGUCCACCGUCCGACGACGAAUCCGCGGGAAAAUCCCCGAGCCAGCCCGAGUCCGCGGCGAGUUCCGUCGCGCACAGGCGCUCGCGUUCGGAGCUUCCGACGUCCCUGGCGAUCCCCCCGCACCCGCGGGCGACGCCCGACGGACCGCCCGCCGACGCCGUCCCAAUCGCGAAGGGUGGAAAACCGAAACGACCCGAGCCCAUCGCCGAGGGUGGUAAAAACUUUGAGCCAAACGGAGCGUCGAAUUCCGGAACUAAUACAUCCGGAUCGACGAGCGGGCGCGAAGAGCGGGACGAGGAGGAGAUCAUGUUCGUGGUGGACGUGACCACGCCUCAGAUCAACUUCGAGGGUAAGGACGCCUCCGGCAGGUUCCUCCUCGCGGCGGUGUCGGGGCGGGUCGUGGGGAGGCGCGCGAGGCGCCAGUUCAUCGCCGCCGUCUCAUCGCCCCGCUCGGAUGACUUUUUCGCGCAAUCGGGUUCCGGAGCGGCUUCCGGAACGGCUCCGAGCGACGGUUCGAAUGGCGCGCUGUCGCCGACGUCGCCGACGGAUUCGGAAACCGCCUCGGAAAACGUGCACUGGGGUCGCAGGGUCGUGGCGGUUCGUCUUCUGGACGCGCAGGCGCACGUCGCGCCCAUGGACGUGGACGUGUACGCGGGCGUCCAGUGGCUCGACGAGUCCCUCUUUGCGCCCGGGGCUCCGGGGUGCAAAACGUCGGGAUCUAAAAAGGCGCACUCACAACAAGAGGCGGCGCACUCGUACUUGCUGAGGCAGGUGUUCAAGCCGUGCCGCAUGGACCUCGACUUUACCACGCACAUCCCGGAGAAGAUGAAGAUCGCGAGGGGGGGCGGGGACGCGACCCCGAGCGGCGGCGGCGGCGGCGGAGGCGCGAACGGCGCCGACGGUAACCCUUCCGUCGGGGCACGCGGCGGCGGCGACGACAAGCCGGGGGCGAAAUCCAAACGCAAGAGGCCCGAGGCGCUCACGGAGUUCGCGCUCCGUUCCCCCGAGAUCGAGGCGGAGAUGUCGUCCGAUCAGUUCGCCGCGCUGGUCGACGUCAUCGGCUCGAUUUUCCUCGCGCAGAUUCCCGACCCGCCGCCCCGCCCCGCCGCCGCCGCCACCGCGCUGUUAGCCGUCGAGGGGCGAUCGCUGGUAGAGGGCGAGGAGCGAGCGUCCGCGGCGGUCGUCGCGGGGCCGCUCGCGGCGUUCCGCGUGGCCAGGUGGGCGGCGACGUGCGCGGCGGUGGACGUUUCUCUCGCCAAAGUCUUCGCCGAAAAUUGUGUGCCGCUCGCGAGCCGGGCAUCCCUUUCGGAAACUCCGAUGAAGGCGGUAGUUUUCGACCGAGAGGCGUGCGUCAGGUGGUCGCGGCGACUUGCGCGGCGCGUCGAGGACGCCGAGCGCGAGGUGGACGACGCGGUCGCCUCGGCGGAGGCUCUCGUCCGACCCACCCGCCGCCGCCCCGCGAUUAAGCUGUCCCUCUCGGUGGAUACCUUUCGGUGGGCGCUUCGCGUGUCGGGCCGGACGUUUUUGGUGGCGAGGAUAGAGCGCCUGACGCUCUGGCGCGAACGACACGUGGACAGCAGCGGCGUGACGAACCUGCGAUGCCACGAGCUCGCGCUCGACGUGCCCCCGCCCAAGGUUCAGGGCGCGAGGACCGACAGGGCUUGGGCGGAUCAGCGGGGCGCGUGGAAGCCCGUUCUCGCCAGGUGGGACCCGAGCGCUCAGGUCCCGAAUAAACGCCAAACAAACGCCAAACAACCCGGACGAUCCGACGCGCCGUCGAAUAAACCGCUGGUCCGGGUCUCCGCGCUGAGGGCGGCGUCGCCACCCGAGGCGCCCAUAUGGGACCGCAUCGAGGUUGACGUUCAGCCGUUUGAUUUGCGCAUCGAGCGAGACAUGUACGACAGGCUGAUCGCCUACAUCUUCCCCGAGAAGAACUACGACGGCGGCGCGACUGGGGGACCCGGAAAGCAUCUAGAAGGACACGACGCGUACGCCAGGAGCCUCACGGAGAAGAGGGAGGAGUGGCGCCGGAGGCACGGGAGCGUCUCCUCGGCGGCGGCGGCGGCGGAGCGGGGGACCCCCUCGAAGGCUACCAGAGCGUCGGAGAGGGAACGGUCAAAGUCGGAGGCGGAGGCGCGGAAAAUCCUGCUGGGCACGAUGAGCCCUCAGCGUUUCCCGCCAAAAUCGCUCACGAACGCGCAAUCGCACAAGCGCAGCAACACGUGGGCCGCGGACCUGUUCCAAGCCAAGGGCGGUACGAGCGGAGGGUACCGGGAGCUGCUCGAACCCGGCGGGAAAAACGCGAAGGCUUUUGGGGGUGACGAAAACGCCGCGGAUUGGCGCCGAUCCAGGCCGCCCUCCCUCGCCUUGAUCGACGCGGACGUCACGGUCAACGCCGGUCAAUCCACCGCCGGUCAAUCGCGGGACGGUCAGUCCCAGUCGUCGCAGCAGCAACCCCAGGCGGAGGAGCACAAAAAAGUCGUCGUCCGCCACCUCAAGGUGAACGAGGUUCUGCUGCGAGUCUCCUACGACGGCAAGCCGCGGUCUUUCCACGAGGUUCGGCUGCUUCUGGACGAGGUGGUGACCAACCACUUCACCGGUCGGUGGAGAGAUCUCAUCGGUCAGCUCAAGGGGAACGUCGUGUGGUCGGUGCUAAAAUCCAUCACCGGUUUGCAGGGGCGGAGGCUGCCGGGAAACUCCGCUCACGCGGCCGCCGCGCCCACGAUCGUCAAGGUGAAUUCUCCCGUGAAGGGGAACAGCCUCCGCGACAAAGCCUCCGAGUCCGAGUCCGAGGAUGCGUUCGGCGACGACGACGACGAGGACGAGGAGGCGGCCGCCGCCAACGCGACGGGCUCUGACGGCGGACAAAAACGGCUGUCGGACAAAAAUGCCGAACCCAAGCGCAAGACGAAGAGUUUGUUCAAACGCGUCUUUGGGAUCACCGCUUUCAAAACUGCCGCCGCCGCUUCGCCCGUGAGACCGUCGUCGUCCGCGGAGGAUGAGCGCGAGAAGCUCGCGAGGAGCGCCUCCUUUCGGGCGGCUCGAACCUUGGUCUUAUCCGCGGCUGCGCUGGCGAGAAAAGCGGCUUUGCUCUGCGCGGGCGUCUUCGCCGUCGCGAGUUGCGCCUCGAGCUUCGCCUUUUCUUUCGCGGAGAGCGCCUUGGUCCACUUGACGCACUCCUCGGCGAAAACGACCGCCGCCUUGGAGUCGGACGACGCCACCUUCUUCGGCGCGGCCGCCUUCUUCGAGGAUUUGGACUUGGCAGCCGGCGAUUGCUUGGCGGCGGCUGGGGCGGUCUUCUUGGGUUGGGCCGUCUUCUUGCCCUUCUUGGGCGAGGACGCGUGCUCGACGGUCGCCUGCUUGAGGGUCUCGGUCCACUUGAGGAACUCCUCCUCGGUGGGCUCCGCCCCGUGCUCCUCGACGUACAGAUCGAUGAGCUCCUCGAGGAUCUCCUCAGCCUCCGACGUGAUCGAGUCGGUAUCGGAGUCACCCUCGGCCUUCUUGGACGUCUUCUUGGACGAGGAUGACGUGCCGGUGAUGGCGCUGAGGAUGAGAACGAUGACGACACCGGCGGCGACCGCCUCGAUGGGGAUCUUAUCGAGCAGGUUCUUCAGCGCGCCGGGGAGCGCAUCGGCGCACCCCUUGGCGAACGCGAUCGAGAUUUCAGCCAGGAGCAUCGCCUGCUGGACGCCCUGCUCCAGAAGCGGAUGGACCUCGGUCUUGGCCACGGAGAUCAUGGACAUCAUUGCCGCCAUGAUGGCGCGUGUUUAUGUGCGUGUGUCGUGUGUUUCGAUGCGCGACGCGCGUUGUGACCGCCGGGUCGGCCACCCGCGGUGUUUGAAAACCCGAACAACAGCUGCUCCGUGCUGUCACGAAUCUCGGAAAUCCCGAAACGGUUGUUCCCCUCGUUUCGCGUGGUCGCCGCCGCGACGGAUGGAGCGACGAACACACACUCGCAGCGCCACCGCAUCGGCCAUGACCGAAGCGCGCGAACCACUCGCGACGGUCCAAGAGGCCGUCGAGCCCGCGCAGGCGGCGUCGCCGGCCGCCAAACCCGCGGCGCCCGUCACCGGCGCCCCGGCGCAAAACGAAAAUGCCUACUCCGAGAUUCAGCGAAGGGCGAAGGCUGGCAGCUUCUGCUUCGGCACCGACGACGACGUCAAGCCGACGGCGCUCCCGGUCCCCAAACCGCCCGUCGAACCCGUCGACGACUCCAUCGCGCGCGUCGACCCGAGAACCUUAGACCUGAAGGACCUCCGCACCGCGUGCCGCGAGCGCGGCCUCCUCGUCGGGGGCGGCAAAGAUGCGCUGGUCGAGCGACUCGUCGCAGCCAUCGCCGCGGGUACGUGCGCGCCGAUGCCGCCGCUCGGCGACGCGUUCGGCCACGUCGCGGGCGUCAAAUCCCGACCAGGAUCUAAGCGAUCGUCCCCGUGCGCCGCCGCCGCCGCCGUCGCCGAUGACGACGACGACGCGCCCGUCGCGCGCAAGAUCGCGCGCACGCAGCACGCGGGCAACGCCAUCUUCGCCGACGGCGAUAAACAGACCCGCGACCCCUCGUGGGCGCCCAAAGCCGACGCCUUCCUCGGCGAGAUGCUCUCGUCCCCGGCGAAGACGGUGACGGUAUCCGAGGCGAAGCUCCGCGACCUGGGCGUCGGCCGCGACGUCUUCAGCGACGUCGCGUCACCAUCCGCCGCGAGUCGCAAAGGCGCGCGAGAGAGGUCCGUCUCGGGCCUCCGCGGCUGCGACAUCUUCGCUGAUGACGUUGAAACGGCCAGAGAAACGGCCAAAGAAGAAACCGAAGCGACGCGGGCCAAGGCGAAGGAGGCCAAGGGCAGCGACAUCUUCGCGGACUCGACCCCGGAGGCGGCGAAGGACGAGACGAAGAAGAAGGCGACGGGGCUCGGCAAAGUUUUCACUGGGGGAGUCGCGAGGGAGUUUGUCUCGUCUGUCACGUUCGGCGACGAGGACGCCGCGAUGAAUACUCUCGAAACUUCUCGAAACGCCAACUUUGGGCACAAGGCCGUCUCCGACGCGAUGAAAGCGUCCAUGAUCGGAAACCGUCUCUUUGGCGACGGUUCCGACGAGGCGGAGCGAGAAGCGAGGGAUGCACAGCUGGCGGCGGCUCGUCGCAAGGAUGGCGUGGAGGCUCGCGUCAUCGGCGGCGCGCACCACGACGGCCACGGCAUCUUCAGCGCGGAGUGGACCACCGCUCGCACGGACGAGGAGGAGGCGGAGGCGGCGCUCGUGGGUGCGCUCGAGGAGGCGCCCAAGAUUCGAAUGGAAACGCCGGAGAGCGUCCGGAGGUUUAAGCCCAUCGGGGCGUCGACGCCCGAGGUUGAUUUUCGGUGGAAGACGGAGGAGGAGGAGGCGAGGGAGGAGGAGGUGGCGGAGUUUGUGGCGGGGUGCAUCCAGCGCGUCAUCGAGCGGGCGGCGGCGGUGGACGAGGAGGAGGACGCCGCGGGGACGGGCGAGGAGGCGUGA